UGUUGAAGAUGAAGCUGUGGAUAAAGACAUUUUCAAAGACUGCAGCAAGAUUGCUUUCUAUAGGCGUCAGAAACAGCAGCUGUCCAAGAAGUCCACCUAUCAGGCAUUACUAGACUCAGCCACAACAGGCAAAGACAGCACCAAGUUCCAAAUCAUCAAUGAAGCAACUACGAUCAGAUGCCAGAAACAGAGCCCACCAGAUCUGGAUGCCUUCAAAGGAAAAGCAGCCACAGUCCAGGAGGACCCAUAGGAUCUCAGCACAAGACAGCACAUGGCCCAGAAGGGAGCUGAGGGGCCCAACAAGCAAGGGCAAGUUACCCAGGAUGUCAGCAACAUGGCUCUCAAGACCGAGAACUUUGAGGACCCGUUGGAACGGACUCCAUUUUCAGGUUCCUCUUUUGGCUGAAGUUUAUGGUAUAGAGGGAAAUAUUUUCAGGCUUAAAAUCAAUGAAGAAACUCCCCUGAAGCCCAGGUAUGAAGUUCCCGAUGUCCUCAUAAGUAAGCCAAGCACUGUAAGGCUGCUUUCAUGCUCUACAGAUACAGGCAGUCUGGUAUUGGCAGAUGGAAAAGGAAAUCUUAAAUGUCAUAUCACAGCAAACCCAUUCAAGAUUGAUUUGGUAUCUGAAGAAGGGGUUAUGAUGAGCAUAAACUUGCUAGGCCAAUUGUACUUUGAGCAUCUGCAGAUUCCUCUCAAGCAAAGAACUACCAAAGAAAAUGAAGAGGAUGCAUCAACUGACACCUCGCAGCAAAAUCAAGAGGAUCUGGGCCUAUGGGAGGAGAAAUUCGGAAAAUUUGUGGAUGUCAAAGUUAAUGGUCCUGCAUCCAUUGGUUUGGAUUUCUCCUUGCAUGGAUUUGAGUAUCUCUAUGGGAUCCCGCAACACGCAGAGUCACACCAACUUAAAAAUACUGGUGACGGGGAGGCUUAUCGUCUUUAUAACCUGGAUGUCUAUGGAUAUAAAAUACAUGACAAGAUGGGAAUUUAUGGUUCCGUGCCUUAUCUUCUGGCCCACAAACUGGGCAGGACUUUGGGCAUUUUUUGGCUGAAUUCCUCAGAAACACUAGUGGAGAUCAAUACAGAGCCUGCAGUAAAGUACACGCUGACCCAGAUGGGCCCAGUUGCUGCUAAACAAGAGGUCAGAUCGCGAACUGAUGUGCGCUGGAUGUCAGAGAGUGGAAUCAUUGACGUUUAUCUGCUGACAGGGCCUACGCCUUCCGACGUCUUUAAGCAGUACUCGUCCCUUACAGGCACACAAGCCAUGCCCCCUCUCUUCUCCUUGGGGUACCAUCAGUGCCGCUGGAACUAUGAAAAUGAACAGGAUGUAAAAGCAGUGGAUGCAGGAUUUGACAAACAUGACAUUCCUUACGAUGUCAUGUGGUUGGACAUAGAGCACACUGAGGGCAAAAGGUACUUCACCUGGGACAAGAAAAGAUUCCCAAACCCCGAAAGGAUGCAAGAGCUGCUCCGGAACAAAAAACGUAAGCUUGUGGUCAUCAGUGACCCUCACAUCAAGAUUGAUCCUGACUACUCAGUGUAUGCGAAGGCCAAAGAGCAGGACUUUUUUGUGAGGAAUCAUGAAGGGGGAGACUUUGAAGGGGUGUGCUGGCCUGGUCUCUCCUGUUACCUGGAUUUCACCAAUCCCAAGGUCAGAGAAUGGUAUUCAAGUCUUUUCACUUUCUCUGCUUAUCAGGGAUCUACUGACAUCCUCUACAUAUGGAACGACAUGAAUGAGCCUUCUGUCUUUAGAGGGCCAGAGCUAACCAUGCAGAAGAAUGCCAUUCAUCAUGGCAACUGGGAGCACAGAGAACUUCACAACAUCUAUGGUUUUUAUCAGCAAAUGGCUACUGCAGAAGGACUGAUCCAACGAUCUAAGGGAAAGGAGAGACCCUUUGUUCUUACGCGUUCUUUCUUUGCUGGAUCACAAAAGUAUGGUGCUGUGUGGACAGGAGACAACACAGCAGAAUGGAGUUACCUGAAAAUUUCUAUCCCUAUGUUACUCACUCUCAACGUUACUGGGAUCUCUUUUUGUGGAGCUGAUGUAGGCGGCUUCAUUGGGAAUCCAGAGGCAGAGCUGCUAGUGCGUUGGUACCAGGCCGGAGCCUACCAGCCCUUCUUUCGUGGCCAUGCCACCAUGAAUACCAAGCGACGGGAACCCUGGCUCUUUGGGGAGGAACACACCCGGCUCAUCAGAGAAGCCAUCAGAGAGCGCUACGCCCUCCUGCCCUAUUGGUAUUCUCUGUUCUACCGUGCACACGUGGCUUCCGAACCCAUCAUGAGGCCUCUGUGGGUAGAGUUUCCUGAUGAAUUAGAGACUUUUGGUGUGGAAGAUGAAUACAUGCUGGGAAGUGCUUUAUUGGUUCAUCCAGUCACAGAGCCAAAAGCUACUGUGGUUGAUGUGUUUCUGCCGGGACCAAAUGAGGUCUGGUAUGACACGAAGACAUUUGCUCAUUGGGAAGGAGCCUGUACUGUGAAGAUCCCAGUAGCCUUGGACACUAUACCAGUGUUUCAACGAGGUGGAAGUGUAGUGCCCAUAAAGACGAGAAUAGGAAAAUCCACGGGCUGGAUGACUGAUUUCCCAUAUGGGCUCCGGGUGGCUCUGAGCACUAAGGGUUCUGCUGUGGGUGAAUUAUAUCUCGAUGAUGGCCAUUCAUUCAAAUACCUCCACGAGAAGCAAUUCUUGCACAGGAAGUUUUCAUUCUCUUCAGGUGUUUUGACCAACAGUUGUGCUGACGAGAGUGGUCAUUAUCCCAGCGAAUGUGUGGUGGAGCAGAUAUCUGUUCUAGGCCUCAGGAAGCAGCCGUCGUCUGUGACCACGCAUUCGUCCGAUGGUAAUGAUCGGUCUGUGGCUUUUGCAUAUUGUGCCAGAAAGGCCACCCUGACCCUGGAGAAGCUCUCGCUGAACAUCGGCACUGACUGGGAGGUACACAUUAAAUGACAGAGACUUGCAUCCAGCGACGAACGCAAGGGGCAGCCUGCGCCAUUCAACCUUUCCUUUGGUCUUUUCUGAGAGUCGUGCUGCAUACUAAUUCUCUGGCUCAAAAUAAUUUUUCAUUAGUCAUCAAUUUACUAAUAAACAAUAGAUUUCAAAUUUUACAUUUUUAGAUGUAUUAGUAACAUUCUUUGUGUCAAACACCAUCCUGAGACAUUUAUAGUGUUCCAUUGCUUCUUGGGCCAUGGCCCUGUGGUAAGCGCUGUAGCCCAGUGAUUGGCUGCUCUUUGAGCACAACUGGAUUGGUUUGUUUUAUGUGAGAUGUGGGCCACGCCCACCUUGUAUGGCCCAUUUGUGGAAGUUUGCCUCGGGCCAUGCAGCAGAGUCACUCUGGCUACAGCAGCUGAGUUGCUUGAGGCCUGUCUCCAGUGGACAGCAGCCUCUGGUACCCCCCCACAGUUAUCUUUCACCCCCUUAGAUGUGGGCAAAACAACCCUUUUCUGCUUGUACUCCGUACUCUGCAGCAACAGGGAGUUAGUUAUUCUAGUCCCAGAGAUGGACUCAGGACUACAAAGGAUUCUUUUCCCUCUCAUGUUUUUUGAGUUCCAAAGUUCUAAAUUAAUCUUAAAAUUCUAAUUUCUUUAUCUUGUUUUUAUUAAAUACUGUCUACUGACCAAAGAACAUUGAGUAAGCCAUAACAUGAGUAAGCCAUAACAUGAGUAAGCCAUAAUUAAUACUAAAAUACAUACCCACCUCCAUACUUCAGAAAUACAACUCAGGGCUAGGAUGAGGGUGAGACCAGUGAGGCACUUGCUUUGGGCACAAAAUUUAAGGGGGUGCCGAAAAACGCAGUAACCAAAAUAAAUUAUUUUAAUGCAAUAUUUUAAAAAAUCAAAAUUAAUGCAAAAAUCCAUGAUUAACCAAAUAUCAAAAUUUUAAAUCCAGAAGGAUCAGUAUUACUGAGUUCUCCUUUUGCCUCGGGCUCUAGUACAGCUUGACAAGGGGUAGAACAUUACAACAUUGCCAUUCCUCCCUGCUCUGGAGACCCCAGGGACUUCCUGCUUCCUGCCACAGCAUCUGCUGGGGCAGCCUCCUGUUCUCAGCACUCCUCAACAUGCACAUUUCCUUAUCAGGCUUCCUCCACUUAGGUAGCAACUUGCCAACUGCCACCUCUGUGCCUUCUGUUCCCUGGGCCCCAGGAUCUACCCGCCUUCCGUCUACCUUUGCAGAUCUUACCAUCUGUCCAGGCCCAACUCAAAUCUCACUUUUCCAUUAAGACUGUCUAAGUACCCUAACACCCCCAUUCCACUGUAUGAUGAGCAGUGAUUUUACCCUUCUCUGAAAUGCUGCCCCAGGUAAUAAUACAUGUUCUACUUAGCAUUCUCAGGGACAGUUCCUUAGUAUUGCAGGUUUGUCUGGCUUGUUCCCCUACUAGAUUGUAUGUUCCUCAAAGGCAUGUUAUUAUACUUGGCUUUCAGUAACUAUUGGCUGUAAUUGAUUAACUGAUGGAUUUGAUUGAUUAAAAAGCGAGAAUUGAAUCUGUUUGUUUCUGAC